AUGACAUGUAAUGACAAAUUGUUGGAAGACCUACCAACCGGUGCAAACGAAGAUCUUUACAUCCAAAACAAACUAUCACAAACAGUCGAUCGAUCACCGACGAGAUCAAUGUCGUUUAUACAUCGAAUGUUUCCAUUUGGAUUUCGUGAUGAAGCAUUUGUAUUAAUCAAAAUCACGGUCCCAUUUGCAAUGGGAAACGUGCUUGCCUCGUGGUUAAUUGCAUUUAUUUCAUUGGCACUUAUCGGUCAUGCACAUGGACAAUUAGAAUUAAAUGCAUGUGCAUUAGCUUUAUCUACUUAUGUUCUGAUUAGUAAUUCUAUUAUGCUUGGACUUAACUUUGGUUGUGACACGUUGUUACCUCAAUGUUUCGGAGGAAAUAAACGUAAAAUGGGUUUAACUAUUCAACGAGCGAUCCUCAUAACAGGAUAUUCAUGUUUUAUUUCUUGGACUCUGAUGUUAAACGCAAAAUUUCUAUUGAAAUUUGUUGAACAUGAUCAGCAAGUUGUGAAAUUAGCAGAUAUAUUUUUACGUUCGUUUCUUCUCGCUGUACCAUGUGAUGGUCUUUCAAUGCUAUUGCAAAAGUAUAUCGCAUCAAACGAAAAAACUUGGCCACUUCUAAUUAUUAAUCUAAUUGGUAAUGCGGUGAAUGCAUUACUAAAUUAUGUCUUUCUAUAUAAAUUGCAUUUGGGCAUACGUUCGGUGCCGCUGUCAAUGACGAUUUCAUACGCAAUUAUUGCCCUAUGUGCCGCUCUUUAUAUUCGCUUUUCAACGAUUUACACCGAAACAUGGCAUCCGAUAACUCGUGCUUGUCUAGAAGAAUGGAGUGUGUAUCUCAGAUUAUCCGCGCCCGGUGUGUUGAUGAUUAUGACGGAAUUUUGGUCGAUUGAAUUGAGCGUUUUCUUUGCUGCACACCUUAGCGCUCGAUCAUUAUCCGCUCAAGUAUGUGCUUAUCAAACAGCAUGGUUAUUCUAUUUGAUAACUUCAUCGUUUGCGACGGCAGCUAACAUUCGCAUCGGACAAUUUUUAGGCAGUGGAAAGCCAUCGGAAGCAGCAAAUACCAAAAACGUGACAUUAACUGUCGGUGCUUUUGUUAUAUUAUUCAAUAUAUGUUUGAUUGUCACUUUCCAUUAUUGGUUUCCGUUUGCUUACAACACUGAUGCAGAUGCGUUAACGCUUUCACGUCGUGUUCUAUUAUUAAUUGGAGUUCUUCAAAUAUGGGAUGGAUACAAUGUGUUUAACACUGGUAUUGUCAAAGCAUGUGGAAAGCAAAAACGCGGUGCAAUAAUUUCAUUUUGUGGAUUUUACCUUUUCGGUAUUCCACUCGCUGGUGUAUUGAUGUUUGUUGUUCGUACUGAUAUCUAUGGAUUUUGGUUAGGUAUAAUAGCUGCCGAAACGGUUACUAACAUUCUUCUAUUUACUUUAAUUGGACGAUUCAAUUGGGAACGACAUGCCCGAGCAGCUCUGACGCGUAUCAAAUUCAAUCCAACUUCUGCAACAACUGAAGUUGCCACUAUAUCAAUUUCCAACGACGAAAAAGCAGAUAUCAAAACAGAAACAGCCGACAGUUGGAUGAAACUAAUUGGUGUCAAACUCAUUGUUUUACUGUUGUUUAUGUGUUUUCUACUCGCUGGAAUUGUUACAUCAACAAUGAUAACAUUCUAG